AUGAUGAACAAAACCUUAAAUCAACAUAAUGAAACAUUAUCCAAUCUAAAUGAUAAACAAUUAAAUAAUAAUAAUAAUAAUAAUAAUAAUAAUAAUAAUAAUAAGGGAGAAAUUAUUCCUACUAAUAAUAUCAUUAAUGAUAAUUAUAACCAAUUAUUAUUAUUAUUUAAAGAUAUUGCUUCAAUACAAACAUUUAAUACAAUAAAUAACCUUAUGAAUAAUAAUAAUAAUAAUAAUAAUAAUGAAGAAAGUAAUUAUUCAUUAAAAAAUAAUAAUUUCAAUCAAAAAAUCAAUAAUUCAAUUAUAUUAAAACAAAAUCAAUUUAUUGACAAUUCAUGUAAUCAUAAAGAAUGUUCUGUAAUAUUUAGAAUAAAAGAAUUAAAUGAUAAACUAAACCAUUCUAAAGGUAAAUUUAUUAUUAAUAAAAAUAUAAAUAAUGAAAUCUUAUUACGUAAUCUAAUAUCUAAUGAAAUAAUUAAAAAUCAAUUAUUCAAUAAAAAUUUUACACAAUUGAUUAUUGAUUUAAAUAAUGAUAAUAAUAUGAAAGAUUUAUCAUUAUUAAAAAUGUUUAAUAAUCAAUCCUUUAUACAUUUACUACUUAGUAUAAACAAGGAUACUAUAUUGAAUAAUUUAAUCAUAAAGAAUAUGAUAACUAAUUUGGAUGAUAAAGAAAAUCGAUCAAUUGAUCAUUUAGAUGAUUAUUAUAUUCAGAAAAUUAUUAAUUUAACAGAAAUGAAUACUGAUCAUUCAAUAACAAAAGUGUCAAAUAUGAAAAUCAAUAAAGAAGAGGAAUAUGAUAAUGAAAUCGAUCAAUUAAUUGGUGAAGAACAAAGUUUCAAUGAAGUACUUGGUAACAAUAAUUUAGGGAAAAAUUUAACAAAGAAAGAAAUAAACAUAAAAAAUAAAAAUAAAUUAUUAACAAAUAAUAAUAGAAUAUCAAUAAGUAAAAAAUAUAGACGAAAACGUUCAGCAAGUAAUAUUGAUUCAGAAGCAUUCAAUGCAUAUUCAUCAAGUACAAAAAAUAUAAACAGAAACAACACGCAAAAAAAUAAUCAAAAACAAAUAAAAAUAAACAAUAAAUACAAAAUAAAUAGGAUUAAAAAAGACAUAAAUACAGAUGAAGAAAACCAUGAGAAAAUGAAAAAUAUCAUAAAAGAAUAUAAUAAGGAUGAUGAUCAUGAAAAAGACACACCAUCAAAAGAUGAAACUAAUGAGAAUGAAAAAGAAAAAUUAGAAGACAGAAGGAUAACAGAAAACGAACAAAAAACAGAUGAAAGCAAAACAAACAAGGAGGAUGCGACAGAUGAUUCGAACAAAACGAAACAAAAAUCGAUUAACAACGAAGAAAUAAAUGAAGACUUACUUAAAACCGCAGACGCGCCAGACAUUCAGUACUCGAGUCUAGAAACCCCAGUAUCCGAGGAAGUGACGACUGUCUCUCCAGCUCCAACUGCAGAUGUGUCAGUGAUUCAGGACUCGAGUCCAGAAACCCCAGUAUCCGAGGAAGUGACGACUGUCUCUCCAGCUCCAACUGCAGAUGUGUCAGUGAUUCAGGACUCGAGUCCAGAAACCCCAGUAUCCGAGGAAGUGACGACUGUCUCUCCAGCUCCAACUGCAGAUGUGUCAGUGAUUCAGGACUCGAGUCCAGAAACCCCAGUAUCCGAGGAAGUGACGACUGUCUCUCCAGCUCCAACUGCAGAUGUGUCAGUGAUUCAGGACUCGAGUCCAGAAACCCCAGUAUCCGAGGAAGUGACGACUGUCUCUCCAGCUCCAACUGCAGAUGUGUCAGUGAUUCAGGACUCGAGUCCAGAAACCCCAGUAUCCGAGGAAGUGACGACUGUCUCUCCAGCUCCAACUGCAGAUGUGUCAGUGAUUCAGGACUCGAGUCCAGAAACCCCAGUAUCCGAGGAAGUGACGACUGUCUCUCCAGCUCCAACUGCAGAUGUGUCAGUGAUUCAGGACUCGAGUCCAGAAACCCCAGUAUCCGAGGAAGUGACGACUGUCUCUCCAGCUCCAACUGCAGAUGUGUCAGUGAUUCAGGACUCGAGUCCAGAAACCCCAGUAUCCGAGGAAGUGACGACUGUCUCUCCAGCUCCAACUGCAGAUGUGUCAGUGAUUCAGGACUUCGAGUCCAGAAACCCCACUCCAACUGCAGAUGUGUCAGUGAUUCAGGACUCGAGUCCAGAAACCCCAGUAUCCGAGGAAGUGACGACUGUCUCUCCAGCUCCAACUGCAGAUGUGUCAGUGAUUCAGGACUCGAGUCCAGAAACCCCAGUAUCCGAGGAAGUGACGACUGUCUCUCCAGCUCCAACUGCAGAUGUGUCAGUGAUUCAGGACUCGAGUCCAGAAACCCCAGUAUCCGAGGAAGUGACGACUGUCUCUCCAGCUCCAACUGCAGAUGUGUCAGUGAUUCAGGACUCGAGUCCAGAAACCCCAGUAUCCGAGGAAGUGACGACUGUCUCUCCAGCUCCAACUGCAGAUGUGUCAGUGAUUCAGGACUCGAGUCCAGAAACCCCAGUAUCCGAGGAAGUGACGACUGUCUCUCCAGCUCCAACUGCAGAUGUGUCAGUGAUUCAGGACUCGAGUCCAGAAACCCCAGUAUCCGAGGAAGUGACGACUGUCUCUCCAGCUCCAACUGCAGAUGUGUCAGUGAUUCAGGACUCGAGUCCAGAAACCCCAGUAUCCGAGGAAGUGACGACUGUCUCUCCAGCUCCAACUGCAGAUGUGUCAGUGAUUCAGGACUCGAGUCCAGAAACCCCAGUAUCCGAGGAAGUGACGACUGUCUCUCCAGCUCCAACUGCAGAUGUGUCAGUGAUUCAGGAUUCGAGUCCAGAAACCCCAGUAUCCGAGGAAGUGACGACUGUCUCUCCAGCUCCAACUGCAGAUGUGUCAGUGAUUCAGGACUCGAGUGCAGAAACCCCAGUAUCCGAGGAAGUGACGACUGUCUCUCCAGCUCCAACUGCAGAUGUGUCAGUGAUUCAGGAUUCGAGCCCAGAAACCCCAGUAUCCGAGGAAGUGACGACUGUCUCUCCAGCUCCAACUGCAGAUGUGUCAGUGAUUCAGGACUCGAGUCCAGAAACCCCAGUAUCCGAGGAAGUGACGACUGUCUCUCCAGCUCCAACUGCAGAUGUGUCAGUGAUUCAGGACUCGAGUCCAGAAACCCCAGUAUCCGAGGAAGUGACGACUGUCUCUCCAGCUCCAACUGCAGAUGUGUCAGUGAUUCAGGACUCGAGUCCAGAAACCCCAGUAUCCGAGGAAGUGACGACUGUCUCUCCAGCUCCAACUGCAGAUGUGUCAGUGAUUCAGGAUUCGAGUCCAGAAACCCCAGUAUCCGAGGAAGUGACGACUGUCUCUCCAGCUCCAACUGCAGAUGUGUCAGUGAUUCAGGAUUCGAGUCCAGAAACCCCAGUAUCCGAGGAAGUGACGACUGUCUCUCCAGCUCCAACUGCAGAUGUGUCAGUGAUUCAGGAUUCGAGUCCAGAAACCCCAGUAUCCGAGGAAGUGACGACUGUCUCUCCAGCUCCAACUGCAGAUGUGUCAGUGAUUCAGGACUCGAGUCCAGAAACCCCAGUAUCCGAGGAAGUGACGACUGUCUCUCCAGCUCCAACUGCAGAUGUGUCAGUGAUUCAGGACUCGAGUCCAGAAACCCCAGUAUCCGAGGAAGUGACGACUGUCUCUCCAGCUCCAACUGCAGAUGUGUCAGUGAUUCAGGACUCGAGUCCAGAAACCCCAGUAUCCGAGGAAGUGACGACUGUCUCUCCAGCUCCAACUGCAGGUGUGUCAGUGAUUCAGGACUCGAGUCCAGAAACCCCAGUAUCCGAGGAAGUGACGACUGUCUCUCCAGCUCCAACUGCAGAUGUGUCAGUGAUUCAGGAUUCGAGUCCAGAAACCCCAGUAUCCGAGGAAGUGACGACUGUCUCUCCAGCUCCAACUGCAGAUGUGUCAGUGAUUCAGGAUUCGAGUCCAGAAACCCCAGUAUCCGAGGAAGUGACGACUGUCUCUCCAGCUCCAACUGCAGAUGUGUCAGUGAUUCAGGACUCGAGUCCAGAAACCCCAGUAUCCGAGGAAGUGACGACUGUCUCUCCAGCUCCAACUGCAGAUGUGUCAGUGAUUCAGGACUCGAGUCCAGAAACCCCAGUAUCCGAGGAAGUGACGACUGUCUCUCCAGCUCCAACUGCAGAUGUGUCAGUGAUUGAUAGUUUACUUAUGUCAACGAUCGGUUACACCGUUUCUCUUGAUAAUGAUUUUCAUUUUGAUCGUAGUGCAGUUGGAGGAAUUAUUAAAUCUUCUAGAAAUGAAAUUGUGGAGAAUAAUGAUAAAGUUUCUCCGCAUGUGUUUUCAACUGACAUUCCAAGGAACAGAAAUAUUAACAUACAUAUUAGUGGACCUUAUAUUCAUGAGCAUAAUCGGCUUGAAUUUAAAUAUGGUUUAACAAUUGGUUUCAUUCUAUUAUGUAUUCUGGUUAUUAUGUUAGUUCUGUCUUCAAUUCUUGUUCUCAUUUGGAUUCGUCAUCGACGUAAUAAAUAUUCUGGUAGUAUAACCCUGUCACAUAUUGAAGAAAACGAUAACAAUGUACAAAAUACCUCCCUAGAAAAAAAUAGAUUUCAAUCCAGAAACAGUACACAUGAUUCAUUUACAGCUGUAGAAGGAAUAGUUAAUGAAAGCAAAAGUAAUAGAUCUACUAAUUCAAUGAAAACACCAGCAAUACAAAAACGUCUUGAACUACGAAGAAAACAACAUAUAAAAGCUAAAAUAUUAGCUCAUGAAGCUUUACUUUCCACUGAUGAUUGUUCUUCAUGUGAUUGUGGUUUUACUUUUAAAUCUCCCAACUCUGAACGUCUCUGUUUAACAUCGAAUUUAGAUAAUGAUGUUAUAUUAACUGGUGCAUGGCGUAGACAAAGCAAUGAUAGCGGUGAUAGAAAAAACCAAACAAAUCAAAAUAUAUUAAAUUAUGUUGAACAUACUCAUGAUAAAGAAGAUGAAUUUCCAGAUACUCCUUCUAUAAAUACUAAUAAUUUUGUUAAAAAUAAUGAAACCACAUCUCAUUAUCAAGAGAUAAGUAUGAACAAACCCAGUAUAAGUUCAAAAGCAUGGAAAUAUAUUGAUGAAAAUUAG